AUGAGUGCAACUGAUUCGCAAAUAGUACCAGCACAAAGCAACGACGAAGGCUGGAAGACGGCGCUUAACUUGCCACCAAAAGACCGUCGCUUCAAAACUGCUGAUGUUACUGAUACCAAGGGAGUUGAGUUUGAGGACUUCUGUCUCAGCCGCGAUCUUUUGAUGGGAAUUUUUGAGAAAGGAUGGGAGAAACCAUCGCCAAUUCAAGAAGCUUCGAUCGGAGUCGCUCUUUCUGGACAAGAUAUUCUUGCGAGAGCUAAGAACGGAACCGGAAAGACUGGAGCCUAUUGUAUCCCAGUCAUUGAGAAGAUUCAACCAGCCCUCAAAGCUAUCCAAGCCAUGAUCAUUGUUCCAACUCGUGAAUUGGCUCUUCAAACUUCGCAAAUCUGCGUCGAAUUGUCGAAACACAUUCAACUCAAGGUAAUCAUUUAUCACAACUCCUAUCCCACCUAUUAACAAAAUUAUUCAUACAUAUUUCGUAAAUUUCAGGUCAUGGUUACCACCGGAGGAACUGAUCUUCGUGACGAUAUUAUGCGUUUGAACGGAACUGUUCAUUUGGUUAUUGCCACUCCAGGAAGAAUUCUCGAUUUGAUGGAGAAGGGAGUCGCCAAGAUGGAUGACUGCAAAACCAUUGUUCUCGACGAAGCUGACAAACUUCUCAGUCAAGACUUCCAAGGAAUCUUGGACAGACUCAUCAACUUCCUUCCAAAAGAACGUCAAGUCAUGCUCUACUCUGCUACAUUCCCACAAACUGUCACUCAAUUCAUGGCCAAACACAUGCACAAGCCAUACGAGAUCAACCUUAUGGAAGAGCUCACAUUGCUUGGAGUCACUCAAUACUACGCUUUCGUUCAAGAAAAACAAAAGGUUCACUGCUUGAACACUUUGUUCCGCAAGGUAAUUUUAUAUUGUCUUGUGUUGCAAUCGAUUUAUUCUUGCUUUUCAGCUCCAAAUUAACCAAUCCAUCAUUUUCUGUAACUCGACUCAACGUGUUGAGCUUCUUGCCAAGAAAAUCACAGAAAUUGGCUACUCCUGCUACUACAUUCACUCCAAGAUGGCUCAAAACCACAGAAACCGUGUUUUCCACGACUUCCGUCAAGGAAACUGCAGAAACUUGGUCUGUUCUGAUCUCCUCACCCGUGGUAAGUUGUUUAUUCAUUCACGGGGGUGCGAUGAGGAUCACCUUACACACCUCCUAAUUUCUAUGAGGAAUACUAGAACGGAUAUCUGAGCACAGAAUAGAUUUGCAAAACUUUGCAGCGAAAGUUUACCUUUAAUUAUAAAACUAAACAUUCAUAAUUUUUCUUUUCAGGUAUCGAUAUCCAAGCUGUCAAUGUUGUCAUCAACUUUGACUUCCCACGUAACGCCGAAACUUACUUGCACAGAAUCGGUCGUUCUGGACGUUUCGGUCACCUCGGAGUUGCUAUCAACCUCAUCACCUACGAAGAUCGUCACACCCUUCGCCGCAUCGAACAAGAGUUGCGCACACGUAUCGAGCCAAUUCCAAAGACUGUUGACCCGAAAUUGUACGUCGCUGAGCAACAACUUGUCGAUACCGAAAACGAGGUGGUCUCCGCCUAA